AUGACAGAUAUUAUAAUCAUGAAUACAGACGUGAAGACAGUUAAGUAUAAAGAAUACGAUGAUUACAUCAAAGGAGAAGUUUUAGGCGAAGGAACCUUCGCUAAGGUUCGCGAGUUUGUCCACAAACUAACAAUCAAGAGAUGUGCGGCAAAAAUCUUCAAACGCGAUCGCAUGUCUUAUCUUAAAAAAUAUAAACACAAUAUCUAUGAUAAUAUCAACAAUGAGAUCAAAUUAGUCUAUAAAUUGAAUCACAAAAAUAUCAUUAAAUUCUAUGAUGUUUUGGAAACAAAUAAAAAAAUCUAUAUAUUUAUGGAGUAUUGUGUGGGACCUCUCAGUGAUAUAAUACAGUCGGCAUUUCCCAAUGGACUUCCCAAAUGGCAGUGUCAUCACUACUUUUGUCAACUCAUUGAUGGGCUUAAGUAUCUGCAUAGUAGAGGUGUAUAUCAUCGCGAUAUCAAAGAUGAUAACCUUAUGGUUGAUAAUUCACAUAUCAUAAAAAUUGCCGACUUUGGAGUCAGUUAUUUAACCGAUCUGUUCGCUCCCAAUGAUAUGAUUAAAGGAUAUGAGGGAACACUUGAUUUUAUGGCUCCUGAGGUCGACACACAAGUUCUUUAUAGUGGUUCCAAAGCUGACAUCUGGUCUGCGGGUGUUUUAUUGUUUAAAAUGAUUACCGGAACCCUUCCUGAAACGCCAAUAUCAGAAAUAUUACCCAAAUAUCCAUUUAUUAUCACUGAAGACAAACCAUUGCGACACUUAUUUGAAGAUAUUUUUCAAAAAGAUUUUAAAAGUCGGAUAUCUAUUCGAGACAUUAAACACCAUCAAUGGAUUCGUCUGAAACAACAAACUGAUGAUAAGUCGCGGAUAGAAAUUCCAUCAAAAACUAUAAGCGAUAUCUAUAGAGGUAUAACAUUAUUGGAGAGAUUGCGGAAAGAUCUCAAAGUUAGGACCGAUAGAGUCAAAGAAAAAAGACAAACACCGGAAGGUCGGGUCUCACCAUUGAGACGAUUAUUACGGUAUGGUUUAUGGGACACAAACGGUCAUUAA